GCGUCGUCCUCAGGAGCGCUCCAAAUCUAUGGGCUUUGGCCGAUACCAGUAGCAGGCACAAGCAACAGAAAACAUCUGAGUCUCAGGCACAAACGCCGCACCGUCUUACCUUUGGCGUCUCUUUCUUCUUCUUCUCCUUCCUAUUCUCCCAACACCUCUACCAAGCUUUACGUCAGUGGGCUUUCAUUUCGUACCACUGAGGAGAGUUUGCGAAAUGCUUUCCAAAAUUUUGGACAACUUGUAGAAGUCAAUCUGGUGAUGGAUAGAAUAGCAAAUAGGCCAAGAGGCUUUGCUUUUCUCCGCUAUGCAACUGAAGAGGAAUCUCAAAAGGCUAUCGAGGGAAUGCACGGAAAGUUUCUGGAUGGCAGAGUAAUAUUUGUUGAAGUUGCAAAGCCCAGAUCAGAGCUCCGUCAAACUCCCAAACAAAACCCAAGACGGUAUUGAAAAGUCAGCUCGAACGUCCACUUUGUUAGAAUUCUCAAUUCUCCUUCUUGUAUACUGCUGUCUACGAAUAUGUUCUUUCAA